UAUGUAAUUGACUUCAAUGAAAUAAAGAAUAUUACAGACACAAAAGUCGAAAAAUUAUUGAAUUACUCCGUUGAAUCUAACCCUGGACUAAGAGGAAGUUUCUACAUAGCAUUGGCGAAUCUUAUUAAGUAUGAUUUACCUAUUUGGCCUAAUGUUCCUCAAAUGUUGGGAUGUGAUUUUUACUAUUUGUUCAAGAAGUCCGAUGUCUUGGAAAAUCGUUUGCGGCAACUGAAAGCGGAACUAGGCUUCAUUGAUAAUAUUGUUUUAGGUAUUCAUAUCAGAGAAGGCGAUUCUGUAUUUCAUCACAACAAAGGUGACAAAAGAUACAAAAAUGCCGAAGAUAUUCAAAAUGCUUUUAACUGCGCAACGAAAGUCGAAAAUAAAAUCAAAGAUAAGUACAAUACGACGAAAAUAAUUUGGUUUUUAGCCGCCGACUCGGAUAAAAGGAAAACUUAUGCGAAGGAAAAAUAUGGUAGCAAAGUGAAAUACGUGGAUGGUCCUAUUGAACACAUUGGACAUCCGAUGAAAGGAAACGAGGAUGCAGGACAAUUAACCAUGCUGCUCGAUUACUUCCUCAUGCAAGAAUCCGAUUUCAAACUAUAUACUUCACCGUCUACUUUUGACGAUGCUGUGGAAUAUAUAUCACUUGGAAAACCUACUGUUAUACAAUUGUUCUACAGGAACCAAUUGUCGUGUAAGAUGUCAAAAUCUUUAGAAAUUUAAGACUUUUUACAGUAUAAUAUACAGCCUCUUGUAAUUAUACGAUUUUCAUGUUGUUUUCCUGGCAUAGUACCGUCUUUGCUUAUGACAUAAGCGAUUCACAUAGAACACGAUUCGAAAUUUUGAAACGGGAAACGAUCUUUUGACCUCGUAUGGGAUUUAACAGGUGGAGCUACAAUCCUGGCAAAAACUAAUGAAACAUCCAGUAUGUACGCCCAACAUUGUUCAGGGGGGAAGGGAUUUUGUCUAUUUUACUGAUUUUUUAUAGGUGUUUCAUUAACUUUUUGCCAAGAUUGUAGAUGAGACUCGAAGCGCGAGGAAAAUAUGCGUGUUAGCGUUUAAUUCCGUAUAAUAAUUAUCGUAAUAGUAAUUAAUAUCAGUUUCCAUCGACAGCUAAUAAAGGUCUGGACAUUAAUUUAACUGAAUUACUGCCAGUUUGAUGAAUUGAUGUGCUUU